GCCAAGAAGUCGAGGGACUGGAGGGAGGCAUAGGCUGAGAUGAACUCUGCCUUGUUGGCCGCAGAUCGGCAGUUCCAGAGGCUACCGGAGACCUGGAACUCCACGUGGGUCGUGCGCGCUGGGACCACCAGAUUAGGGUGGCCGCGGCCACGCGGUGUGGAGCGUUUGUAUGGUCUGUGCAGAGAGGAGAGAACAGGGAUAGAUAGACACAUAGUUGACAGGCUACAGAAGAGGCUACGCUAAUGCAAAGGAGAUUGGAAUGACAAGUGGACUACACGUCUCGAAUGUUCAGAAAGUUAGGCUUACGUAGCAAGAAUCUUAUUGACUAAAAUGAUUGAAAUGAUACAGUACUGCUGGAGUAGGCUAGCUGGCAGUGGCUGCGUUGUUGACUUUGUAGGCUAGCUGGUAGUGGCUGCGAUGUUGACACUACACUAAUCAAGUCGUUCCGUCGAGUGUAAUAGUUUCUACAGUGCUGCUGUAUAACAUGAUGCAGCCACCACCAUGCUUGAAAAUAUGAAGAGAAGUACUCAUAGUGAUGUGUUGUGUUGGAUUUGCCCCCAACAUAACGCUUUGUAUUUUUUUUUGCAGUAUUACUUUAUGCCUUAUUGCAAACAGGAUGCAUGUUUUGGCAUAUUUUUAUUCUGUAUAGGCUUCCUUCUUUUCACUCUGUCAUUUAUGUUAGUAUUGUGGAGUAACUACAAUGUUGUUGAUCCAUCCUCAGUUAUCACCUAUCACAGCCAUUCAACUCGGUUUUAAAAUCACUAUUGGCCAUUGGCCUCAUCAGGCCAAAAUCACAAUUUGCCUCAUCAGGCUAAUUUCUACCAGCAUGUUAAAUGUGCAACCAGAGGGAGAAAAAAACUAGACCACCUUUACUCCAUACACAGAGACGCGUACAAAGCUCUCUCUCGCCCUCCAUUUGGCAAAUCUGACCAUAAUUCUAUCCUGAUUCCUGCUUACAAGCAAAAAUUAAGGCAGGAAGCACCAGUGACUCGGUCAAUAAAAAAGUGGUCAGAUGAAGCAGAUGCUAAACUACAGGACUGUUUUGCUAGCACAGACUGGAAUAUGUUCCGGGAUUCUUCCGAUGGCAUUGAGGAGUAUACCACAGCAGUCACUGGCUUCAUAAAUAAGUGCAUGGAUGACAUCGUCUCCACAGUGACUAUACGUACAUACCCCAACAAGCUAUGGAUUAUAGGCAAUAUCCGCACUGAGCUAAUGGAUAGAGAUGCCACUUCAAGGAGCGGGACUCUAACCCGGAAGCUAUGCCCUCCGACGAACCAUCGAACAGGCAAAGCGUCGAUACAGGACUAAGAUCGAAUCGUACACCGGCUUCGACGCUCGUCGAAUGUGGCAGGGCUUACAAACUAUAAUAGACUACAAAGGGAAGCACAGCCGAGAACUGCCCAUUGACAUGAGCCUACCAGACGAGCUAAAUUACUUCUAUGCUUGCUUCGAGGCAAGUAACACUUGGACUCCCGAGUGGCGCAGCGGUCUAAGGCACUGCAUCUCAGUGCAAGAGGCGUCACUAUAGUACCUGGUUUGAAUCCAGGCUGUAUCACAUCAGGCUGUGACUGAGAGUCGUAGAGGACGACACACAAUUGGCCCAGCGUCAUCCAGACACCGUGCACCUGGCGACCUUGGUUAGCGCAGCAAUUGUGCGACGGACCACUGCGCCACCCAACAUGUUUCAAGCAGACCACCAUAAUUCCUUUGCCCAAGAACACUAAAGUAACCUGCAUGAAUGACUACCGACCCGUUGCACUCACGUCUGUAGCCAUGACGUGCUUUGAACGGCUGGUCAUGGAUCACAUGAACACCAUUAUCCCAGAAACCCUAGACCCACUCAAAUUUGCAUACCGCACUAACACUUCACAUUGCCCUUUCCCACCUAGACAAAAGGAACACCUAUGUGAGAAUGCUAUUCAUUGACUACAGCUCAGCGUUCAACACCAUAGUGCCCUCAAAGCUCAUCACUAAGCUAAAGAUCCUGGGACUAAACAACUCCCCCUGCAACUGGAUCCUGGACUUCCUGACGGGCCUCCCUCGGGAUAAGGGUAGGUAACAACACAGGGGAUCCUCAACACGGGCCCCUCAGGGGUGCGUGCUCAGUCCCCUCCUGUACUCCCUGUUCACUCAUGACUGCACGGCCAGGCACGACUCCAACACCAUCAUUAAGUUUGCCGAUGACACAACAGUGGUAGGCCUGAUCACUGACAACAACAAGAUAGCCUAUAGGAAGAAGGUCAGACAUCUGGCCGUGUGGUGCCAGGACAACAAUGGAGAUGAUUGUGGACUACAGGAAGGGGAGGAAAAGGAGCACGCCCCCAUUCUCUUUGAGGGGCUGUAGUGGAGCAGGUUGAGAGCUUCAAGUUCCUUGGUGUCCACAUCACCAACAAACUAACAUGGUCCAUGCGGUAUCAGAGGAAGGCCAAAAAAAUUGUCAAAGACUCCACCCACCCUAGUCAUAGACUGUUCUCUCUGCUACCGCAUGGUAAGCGGUACCAGAGCGCCAAGUCUAGGUCCAAGAGGCUUCUAAACAGCUUCUACCCUCAAGCCACACAACUCCUGAACAUCUAAUCAAAUGGCUACCCAGACUAUUUGCAUUGCCCUGCCCACCCCCUUUUACACUGCUGCUACUCUGUUAUUAUCUAUGCAUAGUGACUUUAAUAACUCUAACUUCAUGUACAUAUUACCUCAAUUACCUAGACUAACCGGUGCCCCCGCACAUUGACUCUUUACCGGUACCCCCUGUAUAUAGCCUCACUAUUGUUAUUUUACUGCUACUCUUUAAUUAUUUGUUACUUUUUUUUCUUAUACUUAAUUCUUUGUAGGUAUUUUUUUAACUGCAUUUUUGGUUAAGGUCUUAUAAGUAAGCAUUUCACUGUAAGGUCUGCACCUGUUGUAUUCGGCGCAUGUGACAAAUAACAUUUGAUUUGAUCGUGGUGAAAUCCCUGAGCUGUUUCCUUCCUCUCUGGCAACUGAGUCAGGAAGGGCGUCUGUAUCUUUGUAUUGAUACACAAUACAAAGUGUAAAUAAUAACUGCACCACGCUCAAAGGGAUAUUCAAUGUGUUCUUUAUUUUUACCCUACAACUAAUAGGUGCCCUUUGUGAACCAUUGGAAAACCUCCCUGGUCUUUGUGCUUGAAAUUCACUGUUCAACUGAGGGACUUUACAUAUAAUUUGUAUGUGUGGGGUACAGAGAUGGGGCAGUCAUUUAAAAGUAAUGUGAAACACUAUUAUUGCACACAGAGUCAGUCCAUGCAUCGUAUUAUGUGAUGUGUUAAGUACAUCCUGGUUUUGGAAGAGAACGUGAGCCGGGUGCGCCAUUCUCCUUGCGGAGAUGGUGCAAAAUCCACCAACACGGUCGGUCCCUGGGAUUGGGGUGACCAACACGAUUCGGUUUGCUUGGAAGGAAAAGGAGUUGGAGCCUUUAGGACGGGAAACUUUUGGAAGGAGCUUAGUUAAGGUGAGGAUUAGGGCAUUUAUAAUAGGGUAUUGCAAGAGGGGAAAAAAGGGAGGAGAGGAGGGAGGUGGAUCGUAUCCAAAGGUUAAUUGAACUCGAGUACGAGGCAGGCAACCUCGGCGGGUCGUUUGACUGGGAGAGAUCCGCAACCCUAAAGGCGCAGCUCAGGGAGUUGCAGGAGCGGAAGGCUCGAGCUUUCCUGGAGCGUGCGCAUAGUGGCUUUCUAGAACACAAUGAGACUUGUUCUGCUAUGUUCUUUAAGUCGGUUAGGGCCGGACAGAGUAGGAAGGUAAUGCAUGGCGUUAGGGAAGAAAAUGGUAGUAUAGUUAGAGAACCAGAGGAUAUGGUCAGGGUGACAACUGAUCAUUUCCAAGGUUUAUUUAAGGAAAGGGAAAUAGAUGUAGAGCAGGGAAAUGUGUUUUUAGAACACUUGUCCAGGCGGUUGCCGGAGGACAUUAGAGAAGUGAUGGAGGCCCAGAUCUCACUAGAAGAGGUUGAGAGCGCUCUUAGGAGGAUGUGAAAAGGGAAGGUGCCUGGGAUGGAUGGGCUGCCAGUUUUAUCUCAAGUUUCGGGGUAUACUUGGACCAGUGGUCCUCAAAGUCUUGAAGGCCAUCCUUGAGACGGGGGUCCCGGGGGGAUCAAUGGCUGUUGGUGUGCUGUCACUUUUAUAUAAGAAGGGGGAAGUAACAGACCUUGGCAACUGGCGGCCGUUGACCAUGCUGUGUGUAGAUUACAAGCUACUUGCAAAGGUUUUAGGAGACCGGUUGCGCACAGCCCUUCCCUACAUCGUCCAUGAAAAUCAGACGUGCGGGGUAGAGGGCCGCUCUAUUAGAUGGACCCUACAGUUAAUCAGGGACUCCAUCGCUUGGGUUGAAGAUAGAUGACUGCCUUUAAUGGUAGCAGCGCUAGAUCAGGCGAAAGCCUUUGAUCGCGUGAAUAGAUAAUUUUUAUUCAGAGUGUUAGGUCGAUUAGGAUUUGGGGAGAAGUUCAUAGGAUGGAUUCGUACAUUAUAUGUCGGAGCGGGGUGCAGAGAUAGUGUAAAUAGUCGUUUGGGUGAUGUUUUUUGACCUCUCGUCUGGGGUCAGGCAGGGGUGCCCACUCUCGGCUCUCCUCUUCGUUCUGUACAUGGAGCCUCUGGGGGCUGCCAUUAGGGCAGACACAGGGGUGGAAGGCUUGUUGAUCCCUGGAAGUGGUGGGCUGCGUGUUAAGAUGACGCAGUACGCCGACGACACUUCCUUGCUGCUGUGCAAGGACUCGUGCCUAACAAGGUCCCUUGCCAUCUUUGGGGAUUUCACCCGAGCGUCGGGAGCGGUUCUGAACCAUGCAAAGUCUUCCGUCAAGUUUUUCGGAAGAUGGCGCGGUAGAACGGAUGUGCCCGGGGGGUUAUCUCUCUGUGAGGGGGCCCUGAGGAUUCUCGGGGUCCAUUUUGAGACCUCCGGCUCAGCGACGCUAAACUGGAACAUGCGUAUCGCAGUGGUACAGAGGAAGCUAGCAAUGUGGAAGGCUAGGUAUUUGUCUUUUAUGGGCAAAGUCCUGGUCCUAAAGGUGGAUGUGUUGCCGUCUCUUUUGUAUUUGGCGUACAUCUAUACCCAUUGCCGGCUUGUCUGAGGAGGCCUCGAGUGAGGCUUUUGUUUCAGUUCAUGUGGAGUGGCAGGUGCGAGUGUGUCGCCAGGGCACGCAUGUUCUGUCCCAUCGGGGAGGGAGGUAGGGGGGUACCACAUUUCCCCUUCAAGUUGGAUGCAAUUUUUGUUUCUUUCUUGUUAACGGAGCUUGCUCAUCCAGUGAUACACCCGUCCGGUUACCUCCUGCGGGUGUUCUUCUCGUAUCAGGCGAGAAGCGUAAUGGUGUGGUCUAACACGGGUCCUCGGGCGGAACAGCUGCCGUGGCACUUUGGUCAUGCGGCAAAGUGGCUGCGUGCGCACCCUGAGGUUGAAGUUGCCCGAGUAGGUUUAGAUCACAGGCACCUGUACGAGGAGGUCAGAAAGGCAGGGAGUCCGGCGCCUGUAGUAGGAAUCUCGGAAGUGGUCUGGGAGGGAGUGCAGGCGCGGGGUCUGGACAACAGGCUCAAGGACCUGAAUUGGUUGAGCCUCCAUAAGUGCUUGCUGGUACGUUCCAUCAUGUACCGGUAUAGUUUGGUGCAAUCCCCCACCUGUCCAAGAUCCUCUUGUGGCAGGGAGGAGACUGUGCGCCAUGUCUUUUGGGACUGUGCCUUUUCCCGGAGUAGUAUGGGCUAGGGCACGGGUGUUGUUAGGUUUGGUAAGGGGGAUUUUGUAUUGACGUGGGCCAGGUUAAAGAGAGGUGUAGGGAGAAGGGUUGUUACACUUGGGAGGAAAUACUGGCUGGAAGAGAUCGCCUCCCAUGGGAACAGGUGGAGGCACUUAGGAGAGCAGAGGCAGCCGGAGAGAGGAGCCGGCAAUACGAGGGAACACGGUUGGCAAGGAAGCCCGGGAGUCAGCCCCAAAAAUUUAUUGGGGGGGGGGUGCUCACAGGGAGUAUGGCGACGCCAGGUAGGAGACCUACGCCAACUUCCUGUGCUUACCGGGGGGGCGAGAGAGACCGGGCAGGCACCGUGUUAUGCUGUGGAGCGCACGGUGUCCCCAGUGCGGGUGCAUAGCCCGGUGCGGUACAUACCAGCUCCGCGUAUCGGCUAGAGUGAGCAUCGAGCCAAGUGCCAUGAAGCCGGCUCUACGCAUCUGGUCCCCAGUGCGUCUCCUUGGGCCGGCUUAUAUGGCACCAGCCUUGCGCACGGUGUCCCCAAUUCACCUGCAUAGCCCAGUGCGGGCUAUUCCACCUCGCCGCACUGGCAGGACGACCGGGAGCAUUCAACCGGGUAAGGUUGGGCAGGCUCUGUGCUCAUGAGCUCCAGUGCGCCUGCACGGUCCGGUCUAUCCAGUACCACCUCCACACACCAGCCCUCCGGUGGCAGCUCCCCGCACCAGGCUUCCUGUGCGUGUCCUCGGCCCAGUACCACCAGUGCCAGCACCACGCAUCAGGCCUACAGAGCUACUCAGUCCAGCGCUGCCAGAGCCUUCCUCUCCAGCGCCGCCUGAGCCAUCCGUCUGCCCAGCGCCGCCAGUCUGCCCAGCGCUGCCAGUGCCGCCAGUCUGCAAGGAGCCGCCAGUGCCGCCAGUCUGCAAGGAGCCGCCAGUCAGCCAGGGGCCGCCAGUGCCGCCAGUCAGCCAGGGGCCGCCAGUGCCGCCAGUCAGCCAGGGCCGCCAGAGCCCCUCAGCCCAGAGGCGCCAGAGCCUCCGCCCCUCUGUUCCGAUCCUCCGCCCCUCUGUCCAGAGCUUCCGCCCCUCUGUCCAGAGCUGCCCCUCAGUCCAGUGGGGUCAUUUAGUAGGGUCACCGUGGUUAGGAGGCCACGGAAGCAGACAAGAAAGCGGACUAAGACGUUGGUGAAGUGGGGUCCGCGUCCUGCGCCGGAGCCGCCACCGCGGACAGACGCCCACCCAGACCCUCCCCUAUAGGUUAAGGUUUUGCGGCCGGGUCCGCACCUUGGGGGGGGGGGGGGGUACUGUCACAUUCUGACCUUUAUUUCCUUUGUUUUGUCAUUAUUUAGCAUGGUCAGGGCGUGAGUUGCGGUGGGCAGUGUAUGUUUGUUUUUCUAUGAUAUGGGUAUUUCUAUGUUUCGGCCUAGUAUGGUUCUCAAUCAGAGGCAGUUGUCAUUAGUUGUCUCUGAUUGAGAAUCAUACUUAGGUAGCCUGGGUUUCACUGUGUGUUUGUUCCUGUCUCUGUGUCUGCACCAGAUAGGGCUGUUUUUGGUUUUCCACGUUUAUUGUUUUGUAGUGUUUGUGUUUAUUUUUUUAUUAAACGUGAAUCAAUAUAACCACGCUGCGUUUUGGUCCGCCUCUCCUUCAAGUAAAGAAAACCGUUACAUUAAUACUUAAUUAAUUUGUAAACAUUUCUAAAAACAUAAUUCCACUUUGACAUAAUUGGGUAUUUUAUGUAGAUCAUUGACACAAUGUCAAUUUAAUACAUUUUAAAUUCAGGCCGUAAUACAGCAGAAUGUGGAAAACGUCAAGGGGUGUGAAUACUUUCUGAAGGCACUGUACAUAGCUUCUUCAAUUACCUUGUUUCCCCGCACAUCGACUCGGUACUGGUUCUCACUGUAUAUAACCAUGUUCUUUUUUCUCGUUAUUCGUUGUGUAUUUAUUCCUCAUGUCACUUUUUAUAUUGUAUUUUUGUAUCUUUAACUCUGUAUUGUUUGUCUACCUAUGUUUACAGAGCAUGUGACAAGAAAAUGUGAUUUAAUUUUAAUCUAGGGUUAGGGUUGUGGUUAAAGCUAGGGUUAGCGUGAACUGGAAUGUGGUCAUAAAGCUAGGAUUAGGGUUGUGGUUGAAUUGUGAAAAUAAUGAUUCCUCUCAGAUUAUUAGUGAUACAAAGGAAUAAGGAAGUGUUUGGUGCUUCCCCAAGCCUGACAAUGUAGAAAGGUGACUUCCUUGUGUUAGUAAUCUAUUUCACAUCAAUAAAGGGUUGUGACAUACGUCUCCUAUAAUUCAGACGGUUUAUCAGUGUCAUGAGCUACAAGGCAGGUUGAGCACCUUCUCAGAAGAUGUUCUACAUUCAGAUUCUGCGUCCUCCACCUCUCAAUUACAGGUACAUUACUGUAGCAUUGACAUUAUAUAAACUAAAAAGGAAUGACUGUAAACCCUAUCUUUGGUAUUCAGACAAUAUUUACUUUGACGUCUCACCUGUCAAUAAUAGGACAUAUUUGGUUAUAAUUCUGUAGAUAAUGAUGUACUUCACUAGAAAUUUGAUAUCAAACAAAGAUAUGGGAUCUCCACACAUACUGUAGUAUUGGCCACAAACAGUAAAACCAUUCUGAGUUAAUAAUUAUCCAAUUAUCCACCUGACAGGACGUAUCUGCAUACCAAUGGCUCUGCUGGAGAGGUCAGUUCUAAGGUGUGUGUGCAGCCAGUGAAUACUCUGAAACGGACAACCUUAUGUUAGGUCAAUGCCCCAUAUCUUCUAUAUUUAAUUUAGGUCAUUUAGCUGACACUCUUAUCCAGAGGAACAUACAGUUGGUGCAUUAAACUAAGAGGAGAGGAUGGGGAAUGGGACAAAUGUCGACAAUGCCAUACCUAAAUCAUACAGAGAUGCAUUGCUGUCAAUAUACACUAUUGUGCUCGUUGGAGGGACCAUCAGCAUGUCCCUCAUGAUCAACAUCAUCAAGUCCAACGUCCGCUCGGUGACCACUACAGCCGUUCUGAACCUGAUCGUGGUCCACUUCGUCUUCCUCCUGACUGUGCCCUUCCGCCUUUAUUUCUAUGCGGCCGGCGAGUGGCAUCUUGGUACUAACUUCUGCAAAGUGGUCAGUGCCAUGAUCCACGCCCACAUGUACUUAGCCUUCGUCUUCUAUGUGAUCAUUCUGGUGAUCCGCUACCUGAGUUUCUUCAGGAGGUUCAAUCAGGUGGAGUUCUACAGGAGGCUGCACGCCCUGGGGGCUAGUGCUGCUGUCUGGGGCCUCAUGCUCAUUGUGGUGGUCCCUUUGACUGCUGUGAAGUAUGGAUCAUCUACAGAUAAUACAACAACCAAAGACAACCAGUGCUUCAAUUUCGGAAGGAUCUUUGACGAGAAACAUACUGUGGCUGUGCUGAAUUACAUCAUCUGUGCUCUCAUCAUCGUGGUUACAUUGGCCCUGGCCUGUUGCCAAGUGUGGAUUUUGGGCUGUGUGUACAGAACUCACAGGGCGAUGAUCUUCUCUCAACAGGAGUUUUGGGCUCAGAUCAAAAGUCUUUGCUUCAUGCUGGUCAUUAUAGUAUGCUUUGUUCCAUACAAUGUAUUCAGGAUUUACUAUGUGAGUAAUUAUAAUGUCAGUCUCCAAAUGAAGAAUGAGUUUGCCCUUGCUGUCACAACGUUCAGCUGCUUUGACAUGUUGACUUUUAUAGGGAGGGGAUCGUUCAGACCCUGUGAUACAACAUGUUGUGUAUCAUAAGAAUAACAUGAGAAUGUACUUUUUCUUAUGAUAUGUGAUGUAAAGAAUGUAACAUGAGAAUAGGACUCUAUUUGCACCUUAAUUAAUACCAAAUUAUAAAACUGUACAGACUAUUUGAUAUAGUUACUUCACAGCAAACAAUAUCAGAAGUAACAGUUACUUCAGUAUAUACCUCUUUCUAGCAGUUCCCUAAGUGGGAUACGUCCUUCAGGUUAAAUCAGAAAAGACAUGAAAACAAAUAGUGGAGCGGUGUUUAUUGUUCUUGUUGUACAGUUCUGGAACAUGAUACAAAGUAUUUACAUACUCCCACCACAUGGAUGGGUUUCUACAAAUUAGCUAAACUGAUUCUGAUUUAACAGUCACCUACAACUUGGCAUACUGUAACACAUUAGCAUAACAAACAUACAGUGAAUGAUUAAACAUUUUGUGAAUUAUCAAA